UGGCUCACGGUGCUGUCUCCACGUCCUUCCCAGGAGCCACAGAGACCACCCAGGAAGACUCGUGGGACCCUCUCCCCUGCCUGCCAUGUCUCUGGGGCCACGCUCCAUCUGUGGCGUGUGGAAGCUGGGGCAGAGGGACUCGAGCCAGGCCUCCCCGCCGCUCCCCCAGCAAGACUUCGAAGCCCUGCUGGCAGGGUGCCUGCGAGACCGCUGCCUCUUUGAGGACAGCAGCUUCCCGGCCACCCUGAGCUCCGUGGGCAGCGGGUCCUUGCUGCGGAAGCUGCCACCUGGCCUGCAGUGGAAGAGACCCCCGGAGCUGCACAGCAACCCUCAGUUCUAUUCUGCCCAGGCCAAAAGGCUGGACCUGUGCCAAGGCAUGCUGGGAGACUGCUGGUUCCUGGCCGCCCUGCAAGCUCUGACUCGGCACCAGGACAUCCUGAGUUGGGUCGUUCCCCUGAAUCAGAGUUUCACUGAGAAUUAUGCUGGCAUCUUCCGGUUCUGGUUCUGGCACUUUGGGAGCUGGGUCCCCGUGGUGAUAGAUGACUGUCUGCCUGUGAAUGAGGCUGGCCAGCUGGUCUUUGUCUCUUCCGCCUACAAGAACUUGUUCUGGGGAGCUCUUCUGGAAAAGGCCUAUGCCAAGCUCUGUGGUUCCUAUGAAGACUUACACUGUGGACAGGUGUCUGAAGCCCUUGUGGACUUCACUGGAGGGGUGACAAUGACCAUCAACCUGGCAGAAGCCCCUGGCAACCUCUGUGACCUCCUAGCCCAAGCCACCUACAGCAGAACCCUCAUCUGCUGCCAGACCCGCUCAGGGGUGAAGGUUCUGGAGAAUGGGCUGGUGGACGGCCAUGCCUACACUCUCACCGGACUCAGGAAGGUGACCUGCAAAUAUGGACCUGAAUAUCUAGUAAAGCUGCGGAACCCCUGGGGGAAGGUGGAAUGGAAAGGAGACUGGAGUGACAGUUCAAGUACAUGGGAGCUGCUGAGCCCCAAGGAGAAGAUUCUGCUUCUGAGGAAAGAUAAUGAUGGAGAAUUCUGGAUGACACUGCAGGACUUCAAAGCACAUUUCAGGCACCUUGUCAUCUGUAAACUGACCCCAGGGCUGUUGAGUCAGGAGGUGGGCAAGAAGUGGACGUACACCGUGCGGGAGGGGAGAUGGGAGAAGGCGCGCACAGCUGGUGGCCGGAUGAAGGCGUGGGGAGGCACAUUUUGGAAGAACCCGCAGUUCCUGCUGUCCGUCUGGAGGCCUGAGGAGGGCAGGAGGUCCCUGAGUCCCUGCAGCGUGCUGGUGUCCCUGCUCCAGAAGCCCAGGCACAGGCACCGCACCUGGAAGCCUCACCUUGCCAUUGGCUUCUACGUCUUCUGGAUGAGCAAGGACUACGAUGACCGGAAGACACUGCCCCCCGCAUUUUUCCAGAGAAGCGCUCCCCUGAGCAAGCCUGCAGUGUUUCUCAAGGAGAAAGAAGUGAAUCAGGAACUGUGGCUGCAGCCGGGGACGUACCUCAUCGUGCCCUGCUUGUCGGAGGCCCACCAGGAGGCAGAGUUUGUCCUCAGGGUCUUCUCCAGGAAGCACGUCUUCUAUGAAAUUGGCAACAAUUCCAGUGUUGUCUUCGUUAAGGAGAUAGAAGACCAGAAUGAAGGGCAGAAUGAAUUCUUCACCAAAAUCUUUGAGAAGUAUCCAGAAAUUAACGCAGUUCAACUGCAGAACAUCCUGAACCACAUGCACUGGUCAAGUCUGGGGAGCGCACAGCCCUUCUUCAGCCUUGAAGCCUGCCAGGCGAUCCUGGCCAUGCUGGACCUUAAUGCGUCGGGUACGGUGAGCAUCCAGGAAUUCAGGGACCUGUGGAAGCAGCUAAUGCGCUAUCAGGAGGUUUUCCACAAGCAAGAUAAAGACGGAUCAGGCUACCUGAACUGGGCACAGUUGCGGGCCGCCAUGAGGGAGGCAGGAAUCGUGCUCAGCGACGACGUGUGCCAGCUGAUGCUUAUCCGCUACGGCGGCCCCAGCCUCCAGAUGGACUUCGUCAGCUUCGUGCACCUGAUGCUGCGUGUGGAGAACAUGGAGGAAGUUUUCCAAAACUUAACCCAAGAUGGCAAAGGAAUAUACCUCGAGAAGCCAGAGUGGCUGAUGUUGAUACUGUACUCCUGAGAAGGCUGGAGCCCCGUCUGCUCUUACUGCGGACUCUGCAUAUGGCCCAAGGGCAGCCUUUGGCUGAGACCAGCCCAUACCCACCCGGCUUACUGUUCUUCAGGACCAUGUCACCAGCCAUCGCCUUCUCAGCUGGGAAGAUUUCUCUUCUGUGGCUGUCUCCUUUGGAUGACCAGCAUGUGGAGAGGGAAGGGUGGCAGUAGAAAUUGCCUUGGAUUUGUAAAGGCCAGGUUUCUUUCCCUGUGACCACAACCUUGUCACAAGCAGGGAUGCUGCCUGAUGUGGCCUGAGCAAUCUGACUCCAAAGCUGGUGCACGUAGCCUCUAUACACACUGCCUCCGUGGCUGCCCAACUCAAUGACCUCAGACAUGCCAAGUGUCAUCACCUGGGUAAUAGUCUAGGUGUCAGGGUCUGAAGAGGGAAUGAUAUAUCCUUGAUAUCUAUGCCAGCAUUUGUAAAUUGGUAGAGACAUAGCCUUUCAAGUGGGCUUUCAAGAACACAUAAAAUAAGAGAAAUGGCAGGGUCCAGGCUGGUGGGCUGUCUCUGGCAUCUGAGGUCACUGGGUAGCGCCUGCUGACAGUAUCUCCAGAUGAUUGGAUUUGGAGGAACCCAGUGGAUUUAAAACACUUGAGUUCUCAAAGAGCUUCCAGCCUGUGACUGAUGUCAGUCUGUUUACUUAACCUAUAGACUAUCAGAUCCAUUUCAAAUCAAUCCAGAAAUUCUCUGUGUACCUACUUCAAAAAAGAACAACAAAUCCAUGCUAAAUUGUAUAGUCAAUCAGUGGGUGGUUGGUAUAUCUGAUUUUUUGAAUUAUCAUGAUACAUCAUUUUUGUGGCAUCCCUACCAACCCUGAAUACAGAUGUCAAACCAGAAAAAAGACCAUUUUCCAAAGUCCAUGCAUUUUAUUCACAGGUUAACACCUCAGAGCCAGUCGUUAUCUGAGGUUAAGCCUCUCAAUUCUGAAAAUCCAAAAUUUAAAAUGCUCCAAAAUAUGAAAUUUUGAGCACUGACAUGACACUCAAAGGAAUUUCGGGAUUUGAGAUGUUCAACUCACAAGUAUAUAAUGCAAAUAUUCCAAAAUCUGAAAAAGCUGAAAUCUGAAACAUUUCUGGUCCCAAGCAUUUUAGAUAAGGGAUACUCAAUCUGUAUUCUAGUCACUAUUAAUUUACAAACAAUUCUCACUAGAAUGGCUGUCUGGUUUCCAAGUCUAUAGCAGACCAACGGAGGAAGCUGAGUGAGGGGAUGAAAUCGUGUCCACUGGGAGCAGAACCACCGGAGAUUUGCCCUCCUGACAGAUGGGUACCGCACCCGACAGAAGGAACACUGCGGAGCAUGGUGUAACGAGGCAGAAAAGUAUUUUCUUUAGGAAAAACCUUGUGUUUAUUCCAAAUGAUAAGAUGUAAAAUGGUUUGCCACAAAGUGCCAGAUACAUGAGGAAUUACUGUUUUUAUAAUAUAAAUAAUGAUCAUGCAUUUAUAGCCUAAAAGAUUUUUAUGUCUAUUUGUUCCUACCUUUGUCUUUAGAUUCCA